AUGCCUCGUCUCACGGAAGCCGAUACUAUUCGCAUCCUGGUGGCAACCGACAAUCAUGUAGGAUACGAGGAGCGCGACCCCAUCCGGAAGGAUGACAGCUGGAAGACCUUUGACGAGAUCAUGAACCUCGCCCGCACACAGGAUGUCGACAUGGUCCUCCUUGGCGGCGAUCUCUUCCACGACAACAAACCCUCCCGAAAAUCCAUGUACCAAGUCAUGCGCAGCCUGCGCAAGAACUGCCUCGGCCCCAAACCCUGCGAGCUCGAGUUCCUCAGCGACGCCAACGAGAUCUUCGAGGGCGCCUUCAACCACGUCAACUACGAGGACCCGGACAUCAACAUCUCCAUCCCUGUCUUCUCCAUCCACGGGAACCACGACGACCCCAGCGGCGAAGGCCACUUUUGCUCCCUCGACCUCCUGCAGGUCGCCGGUCUCGUCAACUACUUUGGUCGCGUACCCGAGGCGGAUAACAUCGAGGCAAAGCCUAUACUUUUGCAAAAGGGACAGACGAGGCUGGCGAUGUACGGGUUAGGGAAUGUUCGUGACGAGCGCAUGUUCCGCACUUUUAGGGACCAUAAAGUGAAAUGGUUCCGGCCCAACGUCGAGACAGCCGAUUGGUUUAAUUUGUUGACGGUUCACCAAAACCAUCACGCUCACACGGCCACGUCUUACCUACCCGAGAACGUCCUUCCCGAUUGGAUGAACCUCGUCGUCUGGGGCCACGAGCAUGAGUGCGAGAUUGACCCCAGACAGAACCCAGAGACGGGUUUCCACGUCAUGCAGCCCGGCUCAUCGGUCGCCACCUCACUGAUCCCCGGAGAGGCUGUCCCCAAACAUGUGGCUGUGGUCAACAUCACGGGCAAGGAAUUCACCGUCGAUAAACUCCCACUGAAGACCGUAAGGCCCUUUGUCACGCGGGAGCUCGUCCUCGCAACCGACAAGAGGUUCAAGGGACUCGAGACGAAGAAGGACAACCGCCAGGAAGUCACGAGAAGGUUAAUGGAAGUCGUGGAAGAAAUGAUUGAAGAGGCGAAUGCGGACUGGUACGCCCUGCACGAGGACGUGGAAGACGCGGGCGAUCCUCCUCUCCCGCUCGUGAGGUUAAAAGUCGAAUAUACCCCCUCUAGUGAAGGCGGCAAGUUUGACUGCGAGAACCCUCAGCGCUUCUCCAACAGGUUUGUUGGCAAGGUGGCUAAUACGAACGAUGUCGUCUACUUUUACAGAAAGAAAUCGAGCAGCUCAAAACGCGACAACGGAGCCGCCGAUCUCCCCGAGGAAGCCCUCGAGAACCUCGGCCCAGACAACAUCAAAGUCGACCGCCUCGUGCACGAGUUCCUCGCCGCGCAAUCCCUCAAGAUCCUCCCGCAAGCCCCCUUCGGCGACGCCGUCAACCAGUUCGUCACAAAGGACGACAAGCACGCCAUGGAGACCUUCGUCAGCGAGUCCCUCGCCGGCCAGGUGCGCCAGAUGCUCGAUCUCGAUUCGGACGAGGAGGAUCUGGACAAUGCCAUGGAGACGUAUCGGGCCAAGCUCGAGGAGCAGUUCGCUGCGGGCAAGUUGUCGUUUGGGUCGAGAAGGUUGAAGCCGAAGCCUGUUACGUGGGAUUCGGAUCUUGAUGGGCAUUGGGACCAGCAGCCCGAUGCGUUUGAGGAUGUGGGGAAUGCUACGCAGGGAACGACUACUUCUCGUGCCACCGCGGGACGAGGCGGUAGGACGGCGCGAGCGAGAUCCGCUCGCGAGGACGAAGAUAUGCCCGAUAUUGACGAGGACGAAGAGGAACCUCCCCCGACAACCCGCGGCCGCCGCACAGCAACCACCCGUGCCACAAAAACAACCACAACAAGAAAAGCACCCGCCCGCAAAACCACAACAACAGCAACAUCCCGCACCACCACCACCCGCGGCAGGAAACAAACCUCGCCCCCGUCCGAAGACGACAUCAUGGACGACGACGUCCCUCCCCCUCCCCCCACCCGCCGCACUACCACCGCAUCGCAACGGACCACGGCUUCUUCCGCAAGGAGACAGCCUGCGCGGUCUGCUGCGGCGACGACGGCGACUGGUCGUGCUACGCGCCAGACGAGGUUGAACUUCUCGCAGCAGACGCAGCAGCAGGCGGGGACUUCGCAGCAGAAUGCUCUUGAGAUUAGUGAUGAUGAGAUUUCUGAUGACGAUUCGUUUGAGCCUGUUGCGAAGACGACGAGGUCGAGGAGGAGGAUUCACCGAGGAGAAGAACUCCAAUCCUCCUCGUCGAAACGAAGCCAAUCCAGAGCCGAUCAAGGAAAUGCGACCAUUUCCGCUCCAAAUCAAGAGCCUCGACCAAACAGCCAUUACCUCGCGUACACCCUCCGCUCUUCCGGCUAA